UAGAGCGAUGGGAGGGUUUGCAACCGUAACAGGGAGGAGGAGGAAACCAGCAACACAACUCAAAGAAGUAUUUACUUCAUUUAUACAAUAAAAGAAGCGGAUGUGAGGAGCUUCCAGACGCUGUGACAAUGAUCCGGACACUCAGCGGGGCGACUCUUCAGGCGGCGGCGGCCGGGGCAGCGCGGCCGACACGGGGCGUUACGACGGCGAGACGGCUGCACAGCGGGUAUGACGUGGCCGUGGUGGGCGGCGGCAUCGUCGGCCUGGCAACGGCCAGAGAGCUAAUUCUGAGACACCCGUCCCUCCGACUCAUCCUGCUGGAGAAGGAACAACAGCUCGCUGUGCACCAGAGUGGGCACAACAGUGGAGUCAUUCACAGCGGCAUCUACUACACGCCGGGGUCGCUGAAGGCCCGUCUGUGUGUGCGAGGAGCCACUUUAGCCUACGAGUACUGCGACAAGAAAGGACUCCCUUACAAGAAGUGUGGAAAGCUUAUCGUGGCCGUGGAGCAAGAGGAGAUACCCCGGCUGCGAGCGCUGUACGAGCGCGGCGUGAAGAACGACGUGCGCGACCUCAGCAUCGUCGACGCCAAGGGGAUCCGAGAGCGAGAGCCGUUCUGCAGGGGCAUCAUGGCCUUGGACUCGCCUCACACCGGCAUUGUGGACUGGAGGAUGGUGGCCCUCAGGUACGGGCAGGACUUUGAGGAGGCAGGCGGCACGGUGGUGACCGGAUCUGAGGUCAACGACAUCUCCAUGGUUACGGAGAGCCCAGCUGGGAGCGCCGAAGGAAUGAAAUAUCCGAUCGCAAUCAGAGACAAAAAGGUAGGACGCGAGCGGAUGGAAGCGCCACGGUGUGCGUCUCCGAUCGCGUGUCCCUCGUUCAGCGUUGUGUUGCUUCCACAGGGCAACGAGGUGCGCUGCCGCUACGUGCUGACCUGCGGCGGCCUGUACUCUGACCGUCUGUCGCAGAUAUCUGGAUGCAGUCGGGAGCCUCGGAUCGUCCCCUUCAGAGGCGAUUACCUGGUGUUGAAGCCAGAGAAACACUAUCUGGUCAAGGGGAACAUCUACCCCGUCCCCGACCCUCGGUUCCCCUUCCUCGGCGUUCACUUCACCCCGAGGAUGGAUGGAAGCGUUUGGCUCGGCCCCAACGCCGUCCUCGCCUUCAAGCGGGAGGGUUACAAAGUGUACGACUUCAACGCUCGAGACUUUGCGGACGCCCUCUCGUUCAGGGGCCUUCAAAGGCUGGUGAUGAAGAACUUAACCUACGGGAUUGGAGAGAUGUACCGAGGGAUUUUCAUCGGCGCUCAGGUUAAAAUCCUGCAGAAGUACAUCCCUGAACUCUCGCUGAGCGACGUGCUCAGGGGUCCUGCGGGAGUUCGAGCUCAGGCUCUCGACCGGGACGGAAACCUCGUGGACGACUUUGUGUUUGACGGCGGGGUCGGGGACGUGGGCAGCAGGGUGCUCCACGUGCGGAACGCCCCCUCGCCGGCAGCCACCUCGUCCCUCGCCAUCGGUGAAAUGGUCGCCGACGAGGUGGAGAGUCGCUUCGCGCUGUAGAGCGGCGAGGCGACGGCAGGAGGAAGGAACGGAAACUCCAAAUAUUCCAGCGUGAGGUGGCAAAGGGAGACAUUCCCUUUCAGGUCCGUCCUUUAAUUUGGAAGGAUAAAGUACAGUCACUUUGACUUGAUGACAUUUUUUUACUUGAUGCUGUUUUAAGUUGCAUCUUAUUUUCAUGCCAUCACAUUCAAAGUCAUAAAAAAAAUUCUGUACAACAUUACUGUUUAUAAAAAAUGCAUCAUAAGAUACUAAAAAAUGAUUGAGCUACAAUAAUAUUUGAACAUACUGUUUGUAAUAUGAACAUACCUUUUUACAGAUUGAACUAUUUUAAAUAUAUUUAGUAUGGAAUGUUUAUCUUGGAAGUCAUGUGUGUGUGUGUGUUUUUUCUCUUUUUUUCCCUGUGUUUUGAAGAUCAACUUCUAACUGUCGCUUGAAUAUUGUUGAGCCUCCUGGAUUCAGUCCAAAAUGCUAUUUAAAUCCCCCAAAGAUGUAUUUUACAAAGAAGAAAGCAGAUGUAUUGUGUUCUCAAAAAUCAUUCAAUAUAAACGUAUGAUGAUCGUUGAUAGUUUUCUGCCUACAAUCAUUCUGAGAAAGGUGGGUGUCCCUUUUUUCAAGAUUGUUGAAACUAGUUUAUGAAGAACUUUUUUAGUCUGCCAAAUUAAAAUUACAUUAAAAUAAAAAAAUCAAGUCACCAGAAAGUAUAUCAGUCUUAAUACUAGUUCCCACUUAAUAGUGAAAACUUUAUUGAGUUUUCCGUUGUCUUUUAUUCUUUAAGUUUUCUCCAUUUCUGGUGCUGUUUUAUUAAAAACACUCCCAUUAAUUCCUGAAAGAAGCACCAUCUCAGUUUGUCCACAAGGGGGCAGACUCACAGCAACGAAUGUACUGUAUGAGCCACAAUGUCCGCUCAAAACAUUGUUAAUGUUAUGGCAUUGAUAAAGCUAAAUGUUGUUAUUGGAAAUUUUUAUACAAUUAUGAAAAUAAAUGAUUAAAUACCA